GCCUAUCGUCUGUUACUCGCAUCUCUGUCUAGCGAACAGAACAUCCAUCUAUCUUUUGCAUGGUGUUGUGGCUUAAGGCAUUGCACGCCCUUACGCGUGACAGAUAGAGCGCAUGGGUUGACAUGAUGAGAGGCUGAAGACGGGAAGAACAAAGAGCACGUGCUUCGUUGCUUUGCAAACAGUGGACGCGGAGUGCAGUGCAGUGACAAUGCCUGCAGUGCCCUGUCGCUGAAUGGUGGGAGACGACGCAGGGAUUUAUGUAUGCCGGGUUGAUAACGCCCGAGUCUGCGCAGAAAGAGGCUGAGGAGCUGUCAAUGGGCAAGGGCGUAGCAGCUUGUACCUGGGUUGUCGACCCCGAGUCUAGUGAACGGCUAAUGGAAGUUGAAGAGCUUUGUUUCCCUCACCUUCCUCGUCACUCGUUAAACAGGAAAACUGUCUAGCACGGCCCAAGAUAUUGAGUCGUAGUAUUAACUAAGCUGUGUUACCCUCCUUUUCCAGGAAGAGUAGUAUUAAGUUUCUACAGCUCAAGGAUCAAGCUUCAUUCCAACUCAACCCAACGUCGCCAUCGCUAGCUCCCUUUUAACCUCUUCAACCGAGCUCAACGUUGAAGGUGGAGUUGAAGGACCUGGAAUGGGACAGGCUGGUAAUUGGGGUCUAUGGCCAAACCCAUACUACUUCGAGAUUUGGGAUACCAUUGGUGGGUGUCUUUCCAGCUGCUAAGCCAUACAGUUCCUUCAUAAAGGGAACACCAAGUGGCGCCACCCGUCUUCAUGAUGUCCUUAUUUGGACCUCGAGGAGCUGUACUGCAUGUAGACGUUACUGUACCAAGUUCAGUCUGUCAACCUAGAGGCCUGACUAGUAGUUGGGUCGGUGAUGACCAGCGAAUCCCAGGUGUUGUAUGUUUUUUUUUUUUUUUUUUUUUUUUUUU